GGGGAACCGAGCAGCGGCUUACGGCCGGCAGUUCUCGCGGGUCCGUGAAAGAGGUCGGCGGCCCCAGCGGGCACCAGUCAGCUUUAAGAAAAAGUAGAAGUUAAGUCUGAUUGUACUGAAUAGCAAAAGUUAAGUGACAUUCUACACUGCAAAUUAUGGCACUACCAUUCCGGAAGGACUUAGAAAAGUACAAGGACCUUGAUGAAGAUGAACUCCUUGGGAAUCUCUCAGAAGUAGAACUGAAACAACUGGAAACUGUUCUGGAUGAUCUUGACCCUGAGAAUGCCCUCCUGCCUGCAGGGUUCCGGCAGAAAAACCAGACGUCAAAGUCCGCUACAGGGCCGUUUGAUAGAGAACACCUUCUUUCAUAUCUGGAGAAGGAAGCAUUAGAGCAUAAGGACAGGGAAGAUUAUGUGCCCUACACUGGAGAAAAAAAAG